GGAAGAGGGAGCCAAAACUGGCAACUUUGCCAAAGUGCCCAAGUUCAGUCACUUGUGCUUGCUGCAGCAGAAAGCAGGAGGACGAGUGUAGCCAGGGUGAGCGAGAAGUAGAAACGUCCAGAAAAAGCAGGGAAUGUGAGAGAACGCAGAAGAAGAAGGACUGUCAUUCUCUGGCUUCAAGUCCAGGGGGUCUGGAACUGUCAAAACAAGACUACACAUAGAAGAAGAAACAAGUACCAGACUUAGUCAGCAACAGAGGUCUGAUAAAGCAAGCGUGCUUGUAUUGUGGUCAGAGGAUAGAGGGAGAAAUAGAAGGGAAGAAGGUGGAGAGGGAAAAGAGGGAAUAGGGAGGGGCGUGUUUGCAUUAGAAGGUGGCUGCUUUCCUUACAGUUGCAUUUGAAGGACAGAGGAGGAAUCCAUCAUCUGAGAUCAUCUGAGAUCAUCUCGCACGGCUCCAUCGCUCCAUCGAUUCAGCAGUCCCUCGCCGGGAUAGAGGAGGAACGAGGACCCUGUGGCGAUGAAGAGACCUCAUGAUUACAGUUCCCCAGACUCGGACACGGAUGAACUGAUCGAUGUGGGACAGGAGGACAGCUACUGCCCUGUCACUGGGUCCAUGUCUCCAGGCAGUACCUCACAGAUCCUGGCUCGCAAGAAGAGAAGAGGGAUAAUUGAGAAGAGACGCAGGGACAGGAUCAACCACAGUCUAUCAGAGCUCAGGAGACUCGUACCCAGCGCCUUCGAGAAACAGGGCUCCUCUAAACUGGAAAAGGCUGAGAUUCUUCAGAUGACCGUGGAUCAUCUGAAACUGCUGCAUGCCAUGGGCGGCAAAGGCUACUUCGAUGCUCGUGCUCUGGCAGUGGACUACAGGACUCUGGGCUUUCGGGAGUGUGUUGGAGAGGUGGUGAGAUACCUUAGUUCUCUGGAGGGGGUUGAAUCCUCAGACCCCAUCGGUGCACGCCUCGUGUCCCACCUCAGUCACUGCGCUAGUGAGCUGGACCCUCUCCUCCAGAGCCCCGCCGCCCUGCCUUUUCCUCCUUGGCCCUGGUCCUCCUUUCCUCAGCUGGCAUCCACUUCUUCUCCAGCCUCAUCUAGCCCGUUUCCCCCAACUACCCACCGAGAUCUGGCCCCCCAUGCCACCGCCGCCUUGCUGGGCUACCCUUCACCGGCCCUGCGAGUGGGAUCUUUGAGCACCCAGGGGGCGAUACUGAGUCCAGCGAUGAUCCCGGUUCGUCGACUGCCCUCUAUCCCCAGACAUCCACACAGACUUCAACAGCACUCACCUGAUGGACCCACAAUCCCAUCCUCCUCCUCAUCCUCCUCCAACUCCUCCCCUCCCCAGAUUUCUUUCAGACCCUUUGCCCCUCAGGGGUCUCCAGCCCCAGAUCGCAGGGGUUUGGGCAGCUCCAAUAAGCCCGGACAGGCCUGGGGCACAGAGAUUGGGGCAUUCUGAAUUAGAAGCUAGGAGUUUAUGACAGUCUGUAAGAAACAAAAACAAAACAAACAACAACAACAACAAAAAAAAAAUGUUUUGGUCAUUUGGAGUUAUUUAUGACAACCUUUAAAGGGAACUACAAAGAAUUGAACAAUUCAAAUUAAAAAGUCUCAAAGUCUCAAGUCUAGUACAAAUGCUGUCACUGGGGCAUUACCCUUAUAAAAGAUAUGAUAUGAAAAGGUGAUCAAUGCAUACAAGGGAUAAAUACAUAAAUUUGACUUAUUAGUACACCAGUGACUGCUUCUGUACUUUUUCUGAGAGUUUAGAAAUAAGAAAAUAAAAUAAAAAAGUCAGAUUUUGUUUACAAAGAAAAAAUAGGAGAGAAAUGAAAUGUAGAAUUCAAAAGUAAAAUCAAAGGUAAAUGCAACUUCCAGAAAUACUGAGUAAAAGGAAUGCCUCAAAACAACUGGAACUUUCUAGAACUCUGAUCCUUUAUCAUUUUUAUAGUGUAUUUGUUUACUCUCUCAUUUAUACUUUAACUUGGAUUCUGACAUGAUAUACAUUUGAGAGAUUACAUAAAGAGAAAUGUGCCUUAUCUAAAACAAAA